GAUGCUAAAGAGAUUCAAAUGCAAACACAACACGAAACAUACAAUACUGCAGUGUAAUUUUCUCAUCUGCACCACUCGUUUACAUCCACUUAUCUGUGACCGCGUCAUUAGGCCCCUUUUCCAUUAUAUAAAGGCGACGCAUAAAUAUUUUUUGGUUGAAAAUAACUUGCAACCGAACAUGAUCACUUGAGAGUACUUGAUCACAGAAAAAAUUUGCUUUUAGUGUCUGAUAAAUGAGUAAGCCUAAUACUGUAAGAACUAUGUUUUGCUGCCGACAUUUGUUUUUCAUAUUUCUUCUCCUUGGAUCCUGUACUUCCACCAGCAUCAUCACCGUCGAUGAACCUCUUAGUGACGGUCAUGAUAAUGUUUUGGUUUCUUCUGGAGAAAGCUUCGUACUUGGAUUUUUUAGCCCCGGCAAUAGUAGCAGAAGAUACGUGGGAAUUUGGUACAACAAAGUCUCGGAACAAACGGUAGUUUGGGUUGCCAACAGAAACAAUCCAAUCACCAAUAAUUCCGGUGUUCUGUCACUAGACAAGACUGGCAAUCUUGUUUUAUUCGACAGCCAGAAGCCAGACGUUGUCGUAUGGUCCACGAAUGUUUCAAGCUUGUCAUCUUUCGGUGAAUCAAACUACUCGGCUGAGCUCUUGGAUACAGGAAAUUUGGUAGUUCAUAACAGCAAAAAUAAAGGUUUUGUUUGGCAGAGCUUUGAUUUUCCAACAGAUACUCUGCUUCCGGACAUGAAGUUUGGAGUGGACCGGAGGUCUGGUCUGAACCGGUUCCUGACUUCUUGGAAGUCAUCCGACAAUCCAGAAGCCGGAUCAUAUUCAUAUAUGAUUGAUAUUAAUGGCUCGGUGCCUCAGCUGUUCUUGUAUAAGGAUAAGGAUCCUUUUUGGCGCGGGGGAUCUUGGAAUGGUCUCCGAUGGACUGGUGUACCUGAAUUAAGGUCUAAUUUUAUUUUCAAGGUAAGUUAUGUUGACAAUGCAGAGGAGGUAUCUAUAGUUUAUGGCAUGCUUAAUGCUUCAAUUAUAUCGCGAAUGGUUCUCAAUGAGUCCACUGGUACGAUUCAAAGAUCAACGUGGCACCCGGGUGACCACAGAUGGGAUAACUUCUGGUCUGCACCACAGGACCAAUGUGACUACUUUAGUCAUUGUGGUGUGUAUGGGGAUUGUAGCCUGUACAAUUCAGGUGAAUAUGAGUGCAAGUGUCUUCCGGGAUUUGAACCAAAGUCACCGCGUGAUUGGUACUUGAGGGAUGGCUCACAAGGUUGUGUUCAAAAGCAGAACAGCCAACUGUGUAGAAAUGGGGAAGGAUUUGUGCAACUUGCUGAGGUGAAGCUGCCUGACACGACGAAAACAAAGCUAGACAUGAAUUUAGGUAAUAAAGCGUGCGCUGAAUUGUGCUUGAAGAACUGCUCGUGUACAGGCUACUCCGGGGCUGAUGUCCGGGGAGGUGGUUUCAGUGGAUGCAUUACAUGGUACGACAAGCUGGUCGACUUGAGAGAGUAUUCAAGGGGUGGCCAGGAUUUCUACAUACGUGUUGAUGCGGUUGAGUUAGCUAAAAAUACAAAGAAGUCCAAAAGAAUACAAGGCUAUGUCAAGGUCUUAGUUCCUGUGCUACUCAGUGCUGUAAUUUUUGUUCUGUUUGCUCUUGCAUAUUGGCUAAUAACAAAGAGGAAGAAAGCUUUGAGAAGGAAGGAGGGUAUGAUGUGGUUUCAGAAUGAUACGAAUAAGCGAGGUAUAUCUGUGCACGGAUCGUCAAUGGAAGAAGAGGUUGAUGAAAUAGAGACAAGUAAUGUUGAUGUAAAAUUUUACACCCUAAGCACUAUUAUAGAUGCAACAGAAAAUUUCUCCCUUGCUAACAAAGUCGGAGAAGGUGGUUUUGGUUCCGUGUACAAGGGUAAACUGCGUAAUGGCCAAGAAAUCGCGGUUAAAAGAUUGUCAAACACGUCAGGGCAAGGAAUAGAGGAGUUUCGAAAUGAAGUUACGUUGAUAGCAAAGCUUCAGCACAGGAAUCUUGUCAGACUUUUCGGAUACUGCAUUCAAAGAGAAGAGAAGAUGUUAAUAUAUGAGUACUUGCCGAACAAGGGAUUGGACUGCUUUCUUUUUGACAAAGAAAAAAAAUCCGUUCUUGAUUGGAAAAAACGAUUUGAUAUAACUUUGGGUAUAGCUCGAGGGAUGGUAUAUCUCCACCAUGAUUCGAGACUAAGAAUCAUUCAUAGGGAUUUGAAAGCAAGUAAUGUUUUGCUUGAUCUGAACUUAAAUCCCAAAAUAUCAGACUUUGGCAUGGCCAGAAUAUUUGGAAACAACCAGGUUGAAGAAACGACAAGAAGAGUAGUGGGAACAUACGGUUAUAUGUCACCAGAGUACGCGAUGGAAGGACUAUUUUCAAUAAAAUCCGAUGUUUUUAGCUUUGGAGUUAUGCUGCUGGAGAUAAUUACAGGAAGAAAGAACAGCAGUUACCAGUCUGAGAAUUUUAUCAACAUGAUUGGACAUGUUUGGGAUCUGUGGGGAGAAUCGAAUGCCUUGGAAAUAGUUGAUCCGGCGCUUGGGAAUACACAUGAAUAUGAUAGUGAAAUCCUUAGAUGUAUCCAUAUUGCGCUACUGUGCGUGCAAGAAUCUGCGGCUGCAAGACCAAGCAUGUCGGAAGUCGUGUUUAUGUUAUGCAACGAAAUAAGUCUUCAGCCUCCAGGCCAGGCUGCAUUUUUGUUGAGAACAGCGAAUAGGGGGCUCACAAACACGAGUUCUGGUAGUGUUGGAGGUGUCUCUGUUAAUGACUAUACAAUUAGCACAGUUGAAGGUCGCUAAAUCUCAAGGUAAGAAGUGAACCAUUUUUUCGGAUUUUGCACUGAGAAUUCGCCUGCUUUUUGUAGUCCCCUGCUGGCAGCUGCUGAUCUUACUCUUGAACUGCCUGAGAUUUUGCAAUUGUAUUAUAAGGUGCAGUUGGUAUCAGAAAUCACCAAAUGUAUAAAAUAAUUACCGAGUGUGUGAUAUAUCUAGAGUGGAUUUUGUAUACAUAUAGGUCUAGGAAAUUGUUUGUACGUGUUAAUGAUACUAGCAGGUGCAUGAAGUACUUAUAGUUGAAAAUUAUGAUAGAUCAAAUGUGUGAUUUUGUUGCAGCGAGAAUUCUUAUUGUUCGAAUCUUGUUGGAUCCAUCGCUUGAUGCUGCUACAAUAUCACAUUAUCACGCAGAAUAAGGAGAUUGAUACACAUUCAAGAACUCAUAAUGUAAACCUGGAGAUGAACUGUUUUACCAUUGAAGAGUCAGUUCUGAAGGA